UAUAAAUUUGCCAUGUAUUACAAAAUGAAAAAAUACAAGAUGUGCGUAUCCUCAAUGUGCUUAAGAGAAUAAAAAUUAAUUUUUCUUCACACACUGACAAUGCUGUAGAUGCUAGAUACAGUUGACGUUUUACCAAGCCCUUGUUGUAUUCACAAUAUUCCCAUUAUAUACAUGUGAGAUCACAAUUAAACAUCAUGGGAGACAAUCGAGAUGACGAUGAUCUUAGUAUUCCUCGGGCUUCCUUGAACAAGAUGAUUAAGGAAGUAAUACCCAAUGUUCGAGUGGCGAACGACUCAAGAGAACUAAUUCUCAACUGCUGUACAGAGUUUAUCCACCUUGUGUCUACAGAAGCAAAUGAUAUCUGCAAUAAACAGCUCAAGAAAACGAUAUCACCAGAACAUGUUCUUGCAGCCCUCGACAGUCUAGGAUUUGGCGCAUACAAGGAGGAUGCUACAGAGGUGUUGAAGGAAGCCAAGGCUGUGGCCGCCAAGAGACGGAGGGGAAGCUCGCGCCUUGAAAACCUAGGCAUUCCUGAGGAGGAACUGGUCAGGCAACAACAGGAGCUCUUUGCUCAGGCCCGACAAGAGCAAGCCCAGAAGGAGCAACAAGAGUGGCAACAACUGCAGCAAGUAAUGCAGCAACACCAGCCAGUUAAUACAGCCUCACAACAUGGGGAUGGGACAGAGGAUGAUGAUGACUAUUCUUGAAGGGCGUUGUUUUAUAUUGUUGUUUUUUUGUAAUGAACUUCUUAUACAUUGAUGAUUGUAAAGAUUAAUAAAUGUAUCAUGAUUUAUUA